AUGCGCGUGUGGAGCUUCCAAGCUCGUCCUUGCUGCAGCAGCAGGAGGAUUAUGCGCCCGGACGAUGCGAACAUCGCAGGGAACGUCCAUGGGGGCACCGUUCUGAAGAUGAUCGAGGAGGCUGGAGCCAUCAUCAGUACCCGGCACUGCAAUUCCCAGGCGGGGGAGCCCUGUGUGGCUGCCCUGGCUCGGGUGGAGCGUACGGACUUCCUCUCUCCCAUGUGCAUCGGCGAGGUGGCUAACGUCAGCGCAGAGAUCACCUACACCUCCAAGCACUCUGUGGAAGUCCAAGUCAAUGUACUGUCUGAAAAUAUUUUAACAGGGGCUAAGAAGGUGACGAACAAAGCAACUCUGUGGUACGUGCCCUUGUCUCUAAAGAAUGUGAACAAAGUUGUUGAAGUUCCUCCUAUUCAGUAUGCACGAAAAGAGCAGGAAGAUGAAGGAAAGAAACGUUAUGAAGAGCAAAAACUGGAUCGACUGGAAACUAAACAAAGAAAUGGGGAUGUGAUCUUCCCUGUGAUCAACCCAGAUAGACAGACUAAAGAGCCGCAUACUGUGGGCUACAGCCAGUCUAGCCUGAUUCACUUGGUGGGACCAUCAGACUGCACUCUGCUUGGAUUUGUACACGGCGGUGUCACCAUGAAACUCAUGGACGAGGUCGCGGGGAUUGUCGCUGCCCGCCAUUGCAAGACCAACAUCGUCACAGCCUCUGUGGAUGCCAUCAACUUCCAUGAGAAGAUCAAAAAAGGUAGUGUUAUUACUAUUUCUGGACGCAUGACCUUCACAAGCAAUAAAUCCAUGGAAAUUGAGGUCUUUGUGGAUGCCGAUCCUUUUGUGGAUGAGCCUCAAGAAAGAUAUCGUGCUGUCAGUGCUUUUUUUACUUACGUGUCCCUGAGCAAGGAGGGGAAACCUCUGCCGGUUCCACAGCUGGUGACAGAAACGGAGGAUGAGAAGAAGCGCUUUGAAGAAGGAAAAGGGAGAUACCUUCAAACAAAAGCCAAAAGGCAGGCACAGAUGCAACAGGCUGCCCAGCAGUGAUCUCCCGUCCUGGACCAAAGUGCUCACGGGGGCACGCUGGGCACAGCGUAUUACUAGAAGCGUAUUAUUCACUUGGCCAAACUUGAGAAUCUCAUUAGUGUUGUGUGGAGUGUGCACAGGGCCUUGUGCGCUCGCUUAGUGCUGCCGCAGUUGCUGCCAAGCUGCUCUGCAAAAGCAAGCUUUGAAAUGAAGCUCGCGUUUCGGAUGUGAGCGGAUGCGAAAAGCUGCGUGCGCGUUCAGCAGUGUAAUCAGCAGUGUUGUAAACAGUCCCCGCUCCUCGUAUCUGCCGAGCUGGGUGCAGCAAUGCCAACGCAGUCAACUUUUGAGUUCUGCCAUUGCUGAUCAGUUUAUCACAUAGGUAAGAUCUAAUAUCCUAACUUAAGCACUCCAGAAAACCUCUAAGUGCUGUCUAGCUCUUCAGAAGUAUUCUCGUGUUACUUGUCUUUCAAACCUUUAGCUCUGUUUUUAUGAUUUAAUGCAAGAGUAUAGCUCUUGCCUACGUCACUCUGAUGCAGAAAGCAAAUGGCAGCACAGGGGAUGCACAAGGCCUUGAGUCUCUGUAAUGCUGUGUUAAACUUACAGUAUGUCUGAAAAAUGUACACCAAAGCUUAUUUAUGAUACUCUGGAGUAUAAAUGCAACUGAGUAUUGUAUUGAAUGUCUCAGACCAUUCCAUUGAAAUCUCUAUAUAGUAUCUCUGUGCAUAUCUAAGUUAUUUAAGGAAUACUGUGACAGAAAUAAAGGUUGUCAGUCUUGGACUGCAAUAAAA